UCUGAUCAGAGCGAGCUGGAGUCGACCAAAGCAUCUGCGCUGAACGCCUCGAGGGCCGACGGCACGUCAGGAGCCAGAGCCGGCAGUCUGUCGAUGGACGACACGGAGAUGAGGAAGCUCAUGGAGGAGAGCAGGAGACUGCAGACGCAAGUGGGGAAGCUGCUCGACGAGAACCGCCAGCUCAAGGAUGAAGGGCUGAGGAUGAGGAAGGCCAAUCAGUUCGACGGCUCCGUCUCCAAGUCUUCGGCGGCGAUGCUGAGCAAAGAUCCCGCCUCCAGAUCGCUGCCGUCGCUGCUGGUGGUCAUCGCCGCCAUCUUCAUCGGGUUCUUCCUCGGGAAGUUUGUCUUGUAGAGGUUGUGGUGGGCCUGACGGGCGAAGAGUGUGCUCUUGUUGAUAAGCGUGGCGUCUGCGCAGACGAGCCCCACGACAGAGGAAGUAAACGUGUCUGUGUACAGGAUCAUUCAUACGGGCCUUGUCUUUCUCACACACACACACACACACUCACUCAUAUAUACUCACUCACUCACUCACUCACUCAUAUACACACA